CGAGCUGGAGGACUUGCGCUCCGAGAACGACUAUCUCAAGGAUGAGAUCGAGGAGCUGCGCGCCGAGAUGCUGGAGAUGCGGGAUGUCUACAUGGAGGAGGACGUGUACCAGCUGCAGGAGCUGAGGCAGCAGCUGGACCAGGCCAGCAAGACGUGCCGCAUCCUGCAGUACCGGCUGCGCAAGGCCGAGCGCCGCAGCCUGCGCGUGGCACAGACCGGCCAGGUGGAUGGAGAGCUCAUCCACAGCCUCGAGCAGGACGUCAAGGUGGCCAAGGACGUCUCAGUGCGGCUCCACAAUGAGCUGGAGGUGGUGGAGAAGAAGAGGAUCCGGCUGGAGGAGGAGAACGAGGAGCUGCGCCAGCGGCUCAUCGAGACAGAGCUGGCCAAGCAGGUGGUGCAGAACGAGAUGGACAAGCUCAGAGAGAACUCCCUGAAGAAGCGGAGCUCUCGCUCCUUGGGCAAGACUGAGAAGAAGCCAUCUGUGCAGGAGGACAGCGCAGACCUGAAGUGCCAGCUGCAUUUUGCCAAGGAGGAGUCAGCCCUGAUGUGCAAGAAGCUGACCAAGCUGGCCAAGGAGAACGAUGGCAUGAAGGAGGAGCUGCUGAAGUACAGGUCCCUCUACGGUGACCUGGACAGCUCCCUGUCUGUGGAGGAGCUGGCUGACUCCCCCCAUUCCCGCGAGGCCGAGCUGAAGGUCCACCUCAAGCUGGUGGAGGAGGAAGCCAACAUCCUGAGCAGGAGGAUAGUGGAGCUGGAGGUGGAGAACCGCGGGCUGCGGGCGGAGAUGGACGACAUGAAGGGCCAGGGGGACAGGGAGCUGCCGGGGCAGGACGCGCGGUUCCUGGCGGGCGUCUCCGGGGACGCGGGGGACACGGUGGCCGAGCUGCGGCGGCACCUGCAGUUCGUGGAGGAGGAGGCCGAGCUGCUGAGGCGCUCGCUGCUGGAGCUGGAGGACCAGAACAAGCUGCUCCUGAACGAGCUGAGCAAGUACAAGUCGGAGCACGAGCUGGACGUGACGCUGUCGGAGGACAGCUGCUCGGUGGUCAGCGAGCCCUCGCAGGAGGAGCUGGCCACGGCCAAGGUGCAGAUCAGCGAGCUCAGCGGCAAGGUGAAGAAGCUGCAAUACGAGAACAGGGUGCUGCUGUCCAACCUGCAGCGCUGCGACCUGGCCUCCUGCCAGAGCACCCGGCCCAUGCUGGAGACUGACGCCGAGGCCGGCGACUCGGCGCAGUGCGUGCCCACCGCCGGCUGGAGGGACGGUGUGGGCAGCAGUGAGCCCGAUGGGCAGGACAGGGGGCUGGGCACUGGGAAGGUGCCCGAUGGCCCUGCCAAACUGCUCAAGCCCAAGGACCUGGAGACCUUGCUGGGCAUCCGGGACCAGGCGACGCUGGUCAGCAAAGCGAUCGACGUGUUGAUUUCGGAUGCCAACGGGUUCACUGCGGGGCUGAAGGCUUGCUUGGACAAUGAGUGUGCGGGGGUGCUGCUGGGAGAGGCGGUGGGCAGCGGUGGUGACAGCCCCAGCGAUGCCAAGCUGAUGAACGUGCUGCUGAUGAGGCUGGGCGUGCUCCAGCAGGACCUGGGCUGCUUCGUGAGGAAGGUGGACCACCUCACCAGUGGCUUCAAGGAGCACACGGACUCGUUCCCCUUCUCCAGCCCCAGCAGCCACGAUGUCACCAAAGAGCAUGCCUCUGACUUCCAGCAGCCUGAUUUUAGGGACGCCGACCCUUUCCGCAUCCCCCACGCCAAGGACACGGACCCCGCCCAUGCCCGGAGCUACAAACCCUGCCGGGCUGAGGAGAACGACUCCUACGCCACCGAGAUGAAGGAGCUGCAGCUGGUGCUGUCCGAGGCCAACGAGAGCCUGCGGGGGCUGCAGGAGCAGCUCUCACAGGAGAGGCAGCUGAGGAAGGACGAGGUGGAGAACUUCUCACAGAAGAUCUGUCAGUUGAAGGAGGACCACCAGAAAGCACUGCUGCGGCGGGAGUUUGAGCUGCAGAGCCUCAACCUGCAGAGGCGGCUGGAGCAGAAGUUCUGGAGCCAGGAGAAGAACCUGCUGGUGCAGGAGUCCCAGCAGUUCAGGCAGAGCUUCCUCCUGCUCUUCAUGAAGCUCAAGUGGUUCCUCAAGCGCUGGCGCCAGGGCAAAGUGGUGCACAGUGAGGGCGAGGACUUUCUGGAGGUGAACAGCAUGAAGGAGCUGUACCUGCUGCUGGAAGAGGAGGAACUAGCCCCACAGCAACAGGCAGACAACAAGAUGUGUGCUGGGGACACCUGGACCCCCAACACGCCCAACGAGUGCAUCAAGACUCUGGCAGACAUGAAGGUGACCCUGAAGGAGCUGUGCACAGAGCUGCGGGAGGAGCGGCGCGGUGCCAGCGAGCUGCAGCAGCAGUUCACCAAGGCCAAGGCUGCCUGGGAGAUGGAGCGUGCUGAGCUCAAGUGCCACAUUGCCCAGCUGGAGUCAAAGGCAGGCAAAGGGAUCGCAGAGCGUGCGCUGCCAGACUGGAAGGUGGCACUGAAGAGGGAGCGUGAGGAGCACCAGCAUCUCCUGGCCGAGUCCUACAGCGCUGUCAUGGACCUCACCAAGCAGCUGCAGAUCAGCGAGAAGAACUGGAACCAGGAGAAGGUGGAGCUGCUGGCUCGCUUCAAGGAGGAGCAGCAGCAGGCAGAGCAGCAAGCGAAGGACCUGCAGAACAAACUCAACCAGUUGCAGAAAGGAUCCAAUCCAUGGGCAUUGAAGCACUCUGAAAUGGAGAAGCACGGCAGCAACUGGAAAGAGGCUCUCAAUGAGAAAAUCACAGACAAGGAGACAAUCUCUGAAGCAGAAGCCAAGGGAACCAACCUCAAAAGGACCAAGUCUGUUUCCUCCAUGUCAGAGUUUGAAAGCUUGCUCGACUGUUCUCCCUACCUCUCUGGAAAGACCGUGCCAGGGCUGGGUGACCAUGCCCGGUGCAAAAAGUCAUCCUCAACCACCCAGAUGCUGCCCAACGGGAUCCGGGACAGCGCCAGCCUCCCUCCCUCCAACUGUACAUAUGUGAAUAUCGAACAACCUGUCCCCGACAGCCUGGCCAAGGAGAAGCUGGGCAUCUCCUCCUGGGACUACUCACGGGCAAGCAGCCUCUCUGGGCACGACCCAGCUCAGAAACAAAUCCAGAGGAGCUACACGGCCCCCGACAAGACAGGGAUCCGCAUCUACUACAGCCCGCCAGUGGUGCGGCGGCUGGAGGCGCCGCUGGUGCACAACAAGGAGGGCAAGAUCAUGAUCGAGCCCGGAUUCCUGUUCACCAUGGCCAAGCCCAAGGAGCCGGAGGAGUCGGCCAGCGCCGAGGGCACCUACAGCCAGUGGCUGUGCAACUUCUCCAAGCAGCAGCAGGAGCUGCUGGAUGGUGGCACAGGGGAGAGCGCGGUGCCGCCGGUGCCGCGCUUCCCCUCCUCGCUGCACGACCUGGAGAUCUCCGGCAACAUGAGCGACGACAUGAAGGAGAUCACCAACUGCGUGCGCCAGGCCAUCCGCUCCAGCUCGCUCGAGAGGAAGGUGAAAAGCACCUCCAGCCAGACCGUGGGGCUGGCCCACGUGGGCACACAGACCAUCCAGACGGUGAGCGUGGGCCUGCAGACCGACCUGCCCCGUGCUGCCGGCAUGCAUGGCAAGAGCUGGUCCCCGCGCAGCUCCUCCCUCGUGUCCGUGCGCAGCAAGCAGAUCUCCUCCUCCCUGGAUAAGGUCCACUCCAGGAUCGAGCGGCCGUGCUGCUCCCCAAAAUACGGCUCUCCGAAGCUCCAGAGGAGGUCUUCCUCCAAGCUGGAUGCCUCCAAGGACAGGAGCCUGUGGAACUUGCACCAGAGCAAGCAGAACGGCUCUGCCUGGGCCCGCUCCACCACCACCCGUGAUAGCCCCGUCCUCAGCAACAUCAACGAUGGCCUGUCCAGCCUGUUCAGCGUGGUGGAGCACGCGGGCAGCACCGAGUCCAUCUGGAAGCCGGGCUGCCCUGAGAGCAGCCGGGCCAAGCCCGAAGCACCCAAGUACGGCCUCGUGCAGGAGUUCUUCAGGAAUGUCUGCGGGCGGGCACAGAGCCCCACUGCCCCCCAGGAGAAGAAGGAGGCGACUGGGGAAGAGAGCAAGAGAGCCGAGCACCCCAGCCCCGCCACCCACCACGAAAAUAUCUCCCGUGUCUUGAACAAGAAGGUCCUCAAGCAGGGCAGCUGCGAGGACCCCAAGCCCUCGUCCCCUGGCCAGGGCAGUAAGGACGCAGCCCUGCGGGACCCCGACCUCAUCUCGGCUCUAGCCAGCGAGGACACGGCGUGUGACUGCAGCUCCCAGUCCCUCACCUCGUGCUUUGCCCGGCCGUCCCGCUCCGCGGUCCGCCACUCCCCCUCCAAGUGCAAACUGCACCCCGCGGAGCCCCCCAGGGCGGAGGAGAAGCCGGGGGCCUCGACCUGCAAUGUAAAACCAAGUGCAUUUUAAAAAUACCGAAAUGAGCUACUUUGGAGAGGCACCAAUUGGAUUAAGAGAUUGUGGUUUGGGAGGCUGCAGCGUGGCCCGUGGUCUGUGCCGCACGUCCCUCUGUCACCACCAGAAAAAGCCUUACCCAGGGAGGGAGGGGGCAGCAGCCACAGCCCCCACAGCACUGCAGAGCUCCUGGGGCUGGGGCACUGAGACCCAGUCCCACUCAGAGCAGCCUUGGUGCCCCUGUGCAGCUCCAGCAGAGAACAGAGAUUUCUAAGGCAGCUGCCUGACCUAUUUUCCAGCCGCCUGCCAGGGGCCAGGCAGGGAUUCACCCAGAUGGAGCUGCCUGCAGGUGCCUGGGGCUCAACGCAUUGCUCUGGGGCUGUGUGCGCCUUGUUCUGGGGGCUCUGUGCACGGCUCCAAGGGCUCUGCAUUGCCCCAGGGGCUCCAUCCACUGCUCCAAGGGCUCUGCAUUGCUCUGGGGCUCUGUACAGUGCUCCAGGGGCUCUGUACGCUGUUCCACGGGCUCUGUGCAUCGCUCUGGAGCUCUGUACACCACUCCAAGGGCUCUGUGCAUCGCUCUGGACCUCUGUACACCACUCCAAGGGCUCUGUGCAUUGCUCUGGAGCUCUGUACACCACUCCAAGGGCUCUGUGCAUCGCUCUGGAGCUCUGUACACCACUCCCAGGGCCUCUGCACAUUGUCAUCUCGCAGUUUCUCUAAAGAACUGCCGGUGCUGCCGAGGCUGCUGCCCUCUCCUGCCCGCAGCAGCUGCUGCAUCACUGCCACGUCGCAGCCUCCGUCAGCAUCUCCGCGACAGCCGCUCACUGCCGGUGUCCCCGGACACACCAGCAUCAGCCAGGGCCCAGCAGGCCCACUACCCAUGGCCUUUUGCUCCUGCAGCACCCAGCCAGCCCCCGGGGCACCCUCAUCACCCAGCUGGGUGCUGCCCACCCUCACCAGCAGCCAGGGCUGGGCUGUGUCCCUGCCUGCCACGGAGUUGUUGGGUCCAGCACUGCCACAGGCAAUCUCCUGCUGUACAUAGAUAUUUUCGGGGUGGUUUUUAGCAUUUUCAUGGAUAAUCGGGGUUUUGGUUUGGUUUGGUUUUUUUUUAAAAGACUCUCUACUUUUUUGGAAUGUGGUUUCUCAUUUUUAAAACUGCCUUUUAAUUAUUUGUAAUAUUGGUCAGUUCUGUCUUACUCUGUAAAUAGCGGUGCUGAGCAUUUCCCAGGGGGGCUGAGAUGAGGCUGGCAAGGAAUUUGUGGGGAAAAUUUGCUUGAGAUGUGGAGGUGGCUGAUUCUACUCCAGCCCCUCUGUGAUUCUGCCCCUGUCCACAUGCCAGUGCCCAGCCUGGGGUGAAACCUGAGGUGUUUUGGGUAAAGCCGUUUGCCCCUGCCCUGUCCUCCUGCUUCCUCUCACCAGCCCAUGCCAAGGUCGCAUGAAGGGCACCUCCUGCCCCGAUGACAGGCUCUCUGCCCACCCCAUCCUGCACCCCUGUGUCAUGCCUGCUUGUUGUGUGAUGAAUAAAGGCCCUGCAACCCCUCACCCCACCCUUGGUGCUGCCUUCCCAUGCUGUGGUGGGGGACUGUGCUGCCUGUCCUGUCUGGGGCAGUGCUGCUGCAGAGGGAGGUGUGGGGUGACCUGAUCCUGUGCCUCUGUUCCUGCCAUCCUGCCUGCUGCCCAGCCCACACGUGGUGUCCCAUGCUCUCCUCACCCACCUGUCUGUCCCUGGCACGGUCCCCAUGUGCUGACCCCAGCUGUGCCACACCAGCAGGGCUCCUUGUGGAUCCUCACUGCCAGCACUGUCACCAGGCUGCCCUCAGCUCUGCAUUGUCCCUGUGGUGCUGGUGUUUGUCACAGCUGCCGUGUGCCAUGCCAGCCUGCCCAGCAGCUCACCCCAGCCUGCACACACACCCACAUCCCCCUUCCUCUGCUGCCCAUGGCUCCCUGCCCUUGUGCCCUUCAGUUGGACUUGAUGAUCUCAGAGAUCGUUUCCAACCUUAAUGAUUCUGUGAUUCCCUGACCACCUGCCGGUCCCAGCCUUCCCUCAGGUUCAUUCCAUUAAACUGUUCCACCCUGAGGUCCUCCAUCACCCACUAAAACUCACCCUCCUUCUUUGGCUCUUCCAUCAUCCUUCAUGUCCUAUCUCUUUCAUCCCUUAUCUUUGAUCUGCCAUGUUCCAUCCCUCUUUAUUGUGCUCUUUCAUCAACCCUAACCCAACCCAGCCCUCCUUCCUGUGCUACUCCAUCCCAUUCCUCCUUCCCUUGUUCCCACCGUACCCCAUCCCUCCUGUGUAUCUUCUUUUAUGUCUCAACCCUUCUUCUACUGCUUCUCUGUUGUUCACCCAUCCCUCCUUCCUUGCAGUGAUCUACUGUGUCCCAUCCUUCCCUGCCACCCACCUCCAUCACCCAGCAGGUCCCAUCCUUCUUUUCUGUGCUCAUCCAUCAGCCACCAUGUCUUGUCCCUCCUUCCUGUCCUGCACUCUCCUUUGUGUCCUGUCCUUUCUUUGUGCUCCAC